GAGAGGAAAACAAGCUGUGUCAAGGGCUGAAAUCGAGCUGUCUAGCUAUUCGUCGGUUUAUCUAUGUUUCUCUGUGGUUCUGAAAAUGCCGGGGUUGUCCUUCAUAACGGAUUAUGCUUUUGUACAUUUUGUCAGUUAAAGGUCGCAGAUAUUCGUUUUGAUAUCCUGAAUAGGAUUUGUCACAAUGAUGACAUGACAGCUCAGUUUGACAUCAUGCAAGCAAUUUUCAGCAUCUGCUUCAAAGCCUGGAAUAAUAUUAUUGUUACCUAAAUGCUACACGAUAAAGUUAGCUAGUUAGAUAGCUAAUCAUGAAUAUAAAAACUGUAUAUUUCGAUCGAUGUUGCUGUGUAACAUCUAAUUAAGUUUUGUUAUGGGGACGUUGUGAAUACAAGGUAAUGUUACCUAGCUAGCUAUUAUUAUUACUCGUAAACGGGAAGUAAAGUUUCGCAACAUUUCGUGUCACUGGAAGCUGAAACCUAACGAGGCACGAUGCCUGGAAUGGUAGUUUUUGGCCGUCGAUGGGGUAUUGCAAGCGACGACCUUGUUUUCCCUGGAAUUUUUGAACUGUUCAUCAGGGUUGUCUGGUGGAUUGGAACUCUGAUUCUAUAUACGAUACAUAAGGGCCGGUUUGAUUGUCCCGGUGGAGCAAUUCUGCACAAUUAUCUUGUCGUGCUGCUGGUUCUACUGGCAGCCAUCAUCUUGUCACUCUGUGCGAUCGUAUACGUCAGUGGUCAAGGGACUAUCACCAACCCGGGGCCUCGGCGCUCAAUACCCCUACUGGUGUAUGUGCGAGCCCUCCUGUACCUGCCCGAGCUUGUAUGGGCCUGCUUAGGUGCCAUCUGGGUGUCAGACAACAGCAGUGGAUGUGAACCAGCUGAGGUUGGAGCUGUGAUUGGCGCAGUUGUCUCCAGCUGGAUCAUCCUAUUCUUCACGGGCAUCGGGGUGAUUAUCGUUUUCGACCCCCUGGGCAGCCAGCGGCCCUCGGCGGCCUUGUAUGAGGCCGGCACCAGGGAUCUGGAGAGCAGCGACUCGGCCCAGCUGCUGUACACGGCGCGCUCCCUGGCCGUGCGCGUAUGGGAGAGCCGGCUGCGACUGCUCUGCUGCUGCCUGCCGCAGGACGACAGCCACCGCGCUGCCUUCUCCAGCAUCGCCCAGCUCGUCAGCGGCUUCUUCUCGGACACAGAUCUGGUGCCCAGUGAUAUUGCUGCAGGCCUCUCCCUCCUCCAUCAGGAGCAAGAUAAGAUGGAACAAUGCAGAGACCCUGACGAAGUGGUGCCCCACAGCCCGUCAUCUCCCAUAAGAGAGGACCUGCAGACAGAGCUGGAGAGAGCUGCCCACUGCAUGCAAUUUGCAGUUGCUGCAUACGGCUGGCCGAUGUACAUAUACUCCAACCCUCUCACGGGACUGUGCAAGCUCAGUGGUGACUGCUGUCGAAGCCGCGCUGCUGAGUAUGACAUUGUGGGCGGGGAUCAUCUGGGCUGUCAUUUCACCUCAAUUCUGCAGAGUACUGGGCUGCAGUACAGAGACUUCAUCUACAUCAGCUACCAUAACCAGAUCUAUGAGAUUCCGUUCUUUGUGGCCCUGGAUCAUAAGAAAGAGGCGGUGCUGGUGGCUGUGAGAGGAACACUGUCGCUCAGGGAUGUGCUGACUGACCUGUCAGCUGACUGUGAGAACCUGCCUGUGGAGGGAGUCACUGGGACUUGCUAUGCUCAUAAGGGCAUCGCACAGGCUGCCAACUACAUCUACAAGAAACUCAUCAAUGACGGCAUCCUGAACCAGGCUUUCACCAUUGCACCAGAGUACCGGUUGGUGAUCACAGGACACAGUCUGGGAGCAGGCACAGCCUCAGUGCUUGCUAUUCUACUUCGCAGUGCUUUCCCCACCCUGCAAUGUUAUGCCUUCUCACCACCAGGGGGCCUCCUGAGCAAAGCCCUGGCUGAUUACUCCAGGGAGUUUGUGGUCUCGGUUGUGCUGGGGAAGGACCUAGUGCCCAGGUUGAGUAUUCCUAACAUGGAGGACUUGAAAAGAAGGAUACUAAAAAUGGUUUCCAACUGCAAUAAGCCCAAGUUCCAGAUCCUGCUCCGUGGCUGCUGGUAUGAGAUGUUUGGGGGCGAGCCUGACGACUUCCCCACGGAGCUGGAGAACCGACGGGAGGAGGAGCUGAACCAGCCGCUGCUGGGGGAGGAGAGCCUGCUGCUGCACCACUCCUCGUCCUACCAGAGCCUGGCCUCCGACGACUCGCCCAGCCACGUCACCCACCUGCCCCUCUUCCUGCCGGGCCGCAUCCUGCACAUCACUGAGGAGGGGGGUCCACGCAGGUCCUGUUUCUCCCAGGUGAGGUACCGUGCUGAGUGGUCCAGUGAGACAGCGUUCUGCAGUGUCCUGAUCAGCCCACGCAUGAUCACUGACCACAUGCCUGACGUGGUGCUGCGAGCCCUCCAGAGCCUGACGCAAGACCGGCCCUUCGCCCUUUGUCCCUCCUCCCUUAGCAACAGCCACCUCAAUGUCAUCUGACCGUCAAACGCCUCUCACUCCAGCCUCUCCUGUUUGUGGAUUUGUCAUUGAAAGGAGAUGGACAAGGAAGAGACUCAUAGGGGGAAUGCCCUUCACUGACUACGAACCGUUUUCUCCAUGAUUGUGAAACAGCCUUUUUUCCCCCCAUUUCUCUUUUCUUUUCCGUUUCAGAUUUUGGCCUAACUCCAUGAAUAACAACUGAUUUUGAUAAUGCAUAAUGCUAAAUGUACAUUGUUAAUGUAAAACUGUAAUUCAUGAGUGUGUAUUCUCAUAUUUUGUAUUUAACAGUUUGAUGUUGGAGAUUUGAUUUGAUUAGAAUGAAGAUAUUGUAAGCGUGUAACUGGUUUUCUGCUUGUUCUGAGUUGUGUGAAUGAGACAGGAAAAGUCAAGGUGAACAGUGCCUAAGCAAAGAGAAGCUGUCUCAGUGUUUACUGAACGUAUGUCUUGCCAUACUAUAUUCUCUGUAUAAUGAGACCAUUCUGUUUUCACUUUGAAUGCUAAAAUAAUGCAUGAUACUUAAUUUAAGUAGGUUUACACGUAUAGCAUGAAUACAUUUUUUGGCUGUAGAAAUGACAACUCAUUUUUUCAUGUGGUAUGUAUGAAUAGGCCUAUGUUUUUCUUUUAAUGUGAUGCACUAUACAGAAAAUAUCAUUUCUCAGCUCAUGAGGUAUGUAGCGAGGAAAUGUGCUCUUGUAUAUUAUUCUUUUUUCCUCCUGUGCUUAUGUAUAAUUUAUUGUGACUGUUGUAAAACUCCGAAAUACAGAUUAAAGCACAUUUCAGGAAA